AUGAGUGAUGUAUUGGCUUCUGAUAACCCUGUACAUUUAAGUGGAAACGUUUCUGCAUCUUCGCAGCGUUUCCAUAAGGAACGCUCACGAGAUGACCAAAAUCGGGACCGUCUCAAUUCUAAAACUGUUCCCAAAGAUGCGGGAAGACCUCAUGUUGAUUAUAGAGGUCGGGGCUUUUCAAGGCCAUACCACAAUCGGAAGCGUGACACGUAUGCGCAAAAACAUAGUCGUGUACUACAGAAAUCUGAUGCUACAGAACCAGUCUGUAGUAUUAACCCUCCUGAACCGAAGGAAUCCCUGGAAACACUAUCGACCCUCAAAAGUGAAGAAGUAGGGCUGAAUGAUUUUACUCCGAGGCAAGGUGGACUCAUUCAUCUUCCUAAGAACAUUAAUCUACACCAGGAGACUGAUGCUAAUUCUGGUAAUUUGAAUGCCGUCCAAAGAGGUUCCGCCAUUUCCAAACCCGUUCUUGUGGUUCAUCCUCACCAAAAAUCUACGCAUUUCCAGCCUGCAAAUAAGAACCAAAAACAGGUUGUUCAUGAACCCGAGGGUGCCACUCUUGUGGGAACUUCACAUACUAGCUCGAUGUCUGCGAUGUUUGCCCAUAUGGACAUAAAUAGGCCAAACCGCCAGCCACUAGAACAACCGUGGGAGGGCGCUCCGGGAAUGGUAAUACAGCCUUCCAGUAAACCACCAAAUUCCGCUAUUGCUGAAGUAGUUUUCCAGAUCAUGCAAAUGGACGCCGCACUAAACACCCUUAUGGUUCCACCCGGUCAGUGUGCUGCCCAUCUGCCUCCACUUUCCGAUGAGCAAUCAGAAGAAAAGUUACAGAUGCCAGAACCCGAACGUCUAUUUUUGAGGUGGUGGAACACGCUGGAGAAAUUGCGAAGCAGUUUGAUGGUUGCCUACGAACGCAUCAUCCUUGAAGAUCUGGAUUUUUGUAACACGGCACAGGUUGAACAAGGAAUGUGGAAAUCAGUGUUCUACACUGUACUGGAGUACUUACGUGCCUGGAUCACGAAUCCAUAUAUGACUGGGCUUUUACCGAAGCCACAUGGGAGCGAUAGCGGACAGGCGAUUGCUGCAGCUGCCUGUUCUCGUUUAAUCAAAAUCAUUCGACGUGCUUGUUUGGAUGACGUAAUCCGGGUUGGUGAACAUCGUUUAACUGCACUGCUACAUCGCAUUCAGGCGGUUCGCCGUGUUCGUUUAGACUACGUACUUGGUGAGGGUCGGCCACCUCCAGAGUCUGGUUCUCGGACACGCAGAUUAGUCUACAUCAGCGCACAAAAGCUGAUGCUUUUUCUUGGGGACUUGGCACGCUAUGAAGAAAUGAUUAACGGUGGACAUAAUUUUGGAAAAGCAAGAAGCUGGUAUCAGAAAGCCCAGCUGCUUAUUCCGAAAAGUGGUAGACCUUAUAACCAACUUGCUGUGCUGGCCAUCUACACAUCGCGUCACUUUGAUGCAAUGUGCUAUUAUAUGCGAACAUUGGCCACCAACAACCCUUUCCCAACGGCCAGCCAGAGCCUGUCUGCUCUAUUCCACGAGGUUCACUUGCGUGGCGUUGACACGUUACGAAACAAGUCCAAGUCGUCGCGGUGGCAGCCCAACUACCCAUCCUCGCAAUCCGCACAAGUUUCCACUCACGUCUCACAAAUGUUCACGCAUGGACGAGCCAAGCGAGUAGAGAUCUGGAUACAUCCCGUGAACGGGACAGCAACGAUUGUCCAGGGCAACCGGAGCCUCACGAUACCUCAUGUCGCCACCUGUAGGGUAGCGCCCAGGAUGCCAAAGAAGGUCACCGGCACUGCCAGUUCUACCAGCUUGACCUCAGAUGAACUUUUGGAUGAGGAGAAUGAGGAGGAAGAGGAGGAGGCGCAGGCGGAAGCGGAGGAAUAUGCGAACACAUCACUUAUUGAGCUAACGAAGUUAUUUGGACUACACUUUAUGCAUGCUCACGGGCAGCUGUUCACGAAAAUAGGAAUGGAAACUUUCCCAGAGGUAGCUUCACUAGCUCUACAAGCCCUUUCUGGUCUGCUGGCGCAGCACCCCUGUCCCCUCUCCGAUGACCGCCUUUGUCAGAUCCUCAUGGUGAAUAUGUUCAACGUGGACCGUGCAGCCAUUUUCACGGCCCAAUCAGCUGCCAGUAUGGCCGCUGCCACUAGCGGCAGCAUCGCAGCCGCUGACGACAAGGUGCGCAGUUCGGGGAGAAAACAGCAACAAAAACAGAAGGUGGAGUCAGAGACCCUUCGAUCUGUGCACCACGACCACGCUGCACGCUUUGCGUUGGACACAUUCAGCCUAAUCUGUAGGCGCGCUGCAAAACUGUUCACCGAGCCUCACUGUGGAUCUGCUGCGCACUCUUCUUGGAUCCACCCCGAUCUUCGAGCUCUCCUCCCAGCUCUGCGCCUCUGGACGGAGUGGAUGAUUCUUCACCCUGAGCACUGGUCCCCACCCCCAAACCACCGUGACCCCACACUGCGCCCCUGCCUGGACGAAUGGCGCCUUGUCGCGGAGGUGUGCACUCGUGCCUCGCAGUGGAUCGCCGCCAUCGAUAAUGCACCUCACGUAGAAGAAAUCAACCCUACCACCGCCCUGGUUGUCCAAUUGCACCUUCGGAAGCAGCAACCAGAGGAAGUGGGUACAGCAGUGGAAAUCGAGGACGACUCGUUGGAGGACUCGACGAAUCAAGUGCCAGCUUCCCUAAAGUUUGCAACACUGUUUGAAGAAACUGUUUUUGCUGGAUUCAAACCAAUGCUUGAUCUUACCCCUAAAGCAAGUCUUUUUUUGCCUAACCGUCCUUGCGUCUCAUUCGGCAUUUUGAUGUAUCAGUACUCUGGAGACUGGAGCACCGAACGUGUGGCUGAUUACAUUCGUGUCGAGAAAAUAUCCCUAUUUGGUGACUUCCUGUGUGGCAUUGAGCCCCCUGUUUUGUCGUACGAUGUUGACAAGGCCAUCUAUCGUCCGGUCACAGAACGCGAGUCAUGUGAACAGUUGUCGACCAAAAAGUUAGCGAAAAGCAGAAAUAAUCGAUCUGGCUCACCUCACGUCGCUCCCGGAUCUGAAUCGGAUUCCUCAGAAGUAAGUUGGCUUCCGAACUCACCCUCAUGUAGUGAAGUUGACCAAUCGGAAGACAACGAUGGCAGCGAUGAAAUCUCUGCCCUGCGUCGUCAACGUGCCGCCUUGCGUAGUCAAUUGACGGAGGCCAAGCGCCUCGAAGCUUGGCGUGCGCAAGCGGUGCGACAAGCUGCGGCUGGAGGCCCGCGUGGUAUUGAGAUUAAGGUCAGACCCAUCUACAUCCUUCCAGACACCAAUUGCUACAUUGAUUGGCUUGAGGGCGUCGCGCGACUGGCCCAAGCCUCAUCAAACUACACCGUUCUAGUACCUAUUGUUGUGCUAAAUGAACUGGACUAUCUGGCCUCCCAGGAUCGCUUAUUCUCAUCAGGCGGCAUCGAAAGCGCCUUUGCUCAAUAUCUCCCCAGUCACAGCUCCACUACUAGUUCAAGUGAAACGAGUGGUGGUCGUGCCAACCUGAUUCAAGAACGCGCGAAAGUUGCUAUAGCCUUUCUAGAAGAUGAAUUCGAACGUCGAAAUCCGAGGUUGCGUGCCCUUACAGCCAAGGGCAGCAUGCUUGAGACUAUCGCCUAUCGUAAUGAAGCCAAUCGUGGGAAACAGCCCGGGCAAAACAAUGAUGAUGUCAUUCUUACUUGUUGUCGACAGUUUUGCAAGGAGGCGUUGGCACAGAUGUCUGCCGAGGGCCAACUCCUCUCAACUGCUGAUUCAGAGAAUCAGCCCAUGCGUGUGGUCAGGGAAGUCGUGCUUCUCACGUCCGAUCGCAAUCUCCGAUUGAAAGCACUCAGUCUAAACAUCCCUGCCCGCCCACUUCGCCCGUUCGUUGAGUGGUCCUGUCUCAAGCCCGUUUCCAUCCGCAAGGCUGCUUCAAGGACCGAACCCAACCUACUAUCGUUAUCCGAGACCAGUGGCCGGUGGAAGAAUCGCGAUGUUUUAAAAUAG